AUGGCAGCGGAAAUAGCGCUUGGAUGCUGCCCUCAACCUCUUCUGUCGGACUACGGAAGCCGGGGAAAGGGCCAAGGCGUCCUCGUUGUUGCGUACGGAGGCGAUCUGUCUCUUCAUGAUAUUCGAGAGACGAUUGAGGACAUGCUUACUGCGCGCUUCCAAGCCGAACACGGCACCUCGCGGUGGCCUUCUCCGUCGUUUUCCCCUUUUGCUUGUGUCGGAGAGAAGAACAGUGCACGGCAUCUCGUGAGCCGCAUAGCCGAGCAGGCUCUCCGACACGUGUUCGUUAUCAACGCAUACACGCCGCUCCAGCUGCUGCAUAUUACAAAGUGGCUGCCCUACUUCUUCUCCGUCCACCCCAGCGUUCGAGCUCUCCUCGUCGACGGGGUAAUCAAGGGCGUCGCGUCCGCUCUGGCGGAGUCUUCGGCGGGACCUGGGCAAACCUUUUUCGCGUUUAGCUCCCGAAGGCGAGUUCCCGAGGGGAAGCGCAUUGAGAAAAGAAAAAGGAAAGCAGACGCAGGUGGCGACGAGAUAGACACUUGGAAGAAAUCGUCUCAGCCGCGCCACAGUGCUUCUCCGUCCGCUCCGUCUUCUCCGUAUUCUCCUUCCUCUCCAUCUGUAGAUACGAGCGCACAGGCCGUAUUCGCCCCUCGAACAAACUCCCCCGCAGGCACUGGGGCUGCCUCCUCGCUCCGGGGACCAACUCACAGCAUGCACAUGCUCACACUCGCCGUUCAGCAGAUCUUGCGGUUACACCAAGAGGAGCGCUUGCUUUUGGUCUACACGAAACAAGUCUCUCCAGCUUCGUCGUCCCUGUCCGAGGGGAAGGAAAAGAGGGAAGACAGGGUCUCAUUUCCUCUCUGGAUUCCCUGUGUCGUCGCAAGACAGAAGGCGUUGGGCGACCGUGCUGUUCACCGCGAUGAGGAAUGCAGCUCUUGCUGUCGAUACACCUCAGAUUCCGCGUUGCAUGGGCCACACAAAGGGAUGCAGGCGUGCGCCCCAGGAAGGAUACCGGAAGCUUGCGUGCAGAGGCGUUUUCCAGGGGCACCUGGCUCUGAGAGCGUCCCGGAAGAAGAAUUGCGAAUGUGGAAAACGGAGGGUGGAGAAAGGCGUUCUUCGCCGCACGAGCAGAUCCUCUCAGAUUCUCUUAGCUCGAGCUUGUCUCACAGUCCACAGAAGCCAGCACGCACAAACAACUCCACCGAAGCUUCUGGAGCGACCGAAGGAAGCACAGAAGCCGGUCAUGGAAGCACAGCAGAGGGAAAAUGCGGAAACGAGGGGACGUGGCAGAAUGUCAAGUUUUCUCGUUUCCCUCAGUGCCCCGGUGGAGCAUUGCUCCGCAUUGUAGCCACUGCUGCCACAGACCCUAGGCCGACGGUUCUCAGAAGCCCUCUUUUGUGCGGAACUCGCCCUAGAUGUCAAGUAGCUGCACGGAGCGAAAGAAACGUCGGGCUGAACGAAUUACGGAGACACUACCGGGUGUUUCAGUUUCAGCUGGUGCGAGCGGAAUCCAGUGUCGCGUGCGAACCUAUGGCAAUCGAGGGCACAAAUGGACAGUUAGGAAAACGUGUAUCAGUAGAGGCGCUAGAGGACAAGCUACGCUCACCUGGAACUUUCCUGGCAUGUGUGUGUAGUUGCCGUUCUGUCGACGAUGCCGGUCGUCGUCACUGUCCGCUUCAACCUGUGUCGGGUCCAGAGCAGAGUGCCCAACCCGGUACACCAGCGAACGCGGCCGGGACGCGCGGCGGUUGCACCAGGCAAAUCACUGGCGUCGUAGUUGGAGGGCGGCACGUUGUUAGGGAAGGCGGGAUCGAGCGACGCAUCGGUGAAAGUGAUUGGGAAAGACAAGAGAAAUCCCCACGGGCACUGCGGGGAGACGGGCACCACGAAGGGACUGAGAACGCAUUCGAACAAGAGGAACGGGAGAAAGACAAACAACACGGCCGCGUUUCGCGAGAUAUCUCAAUCGCACUUCUUCAAGGGAAAGCACAGAGUGUCAAGGAAACCAGGGGAGCGAGCAAUGUAGCUGAGAAACCGAGUUGUGCUACCUGUGGCGUUUUUUUCUUUUUAACAAAGGAGGGCCAUCGUGAUUUCGUGGUGCCUUUGUAA